GUAUAUCAUUAUAUCAUUGAAUGUAAUUGAACAAAGAAAAGAAACAUAUCACGAGUUAGCUAUUCAUUCAGAAAUAUACGCGUCGAAUUGAAACAAAGAUUGAUAGUUAAGAAAGAGUGAUUAAUAUUGAUGUAUGUAAGCAAGUGAAAUGCAUAUAGUUCACAAUACAACGUCAAUCAAUUGAGUGUUCAUUUUCAUUUGAUUGUGCUUGAAUGUAACUUGCGACGAUACAUUGCAAGUGUGUUUAUGAGUGCUUGACAUGGAUAAAUUCAGUAAACACUUGCGGUGACGCAGGAUUCAAUCUUUUUUUUACUCAACCGACGACGAUGAAUUUAGUCUGGCUGUGAUAUUCUCAAAUGACAUGUGUACAAGCAAAUUUUUAAGAGGAAUUAGCAAGUACAAAGUACUGCAUUCCAGAACUUUUUAUCUCUGACGUAUAAAAUAUGUUUAACUGAAAUACGCUGAUAAAACGAUAAUUUAGUACUUUAAUUAUUAAAGAGAAUUAUAUUGUAGAUAGAACAUCGGAUAACUUGUAAAUUAGACAGAAGAUCACAUCAGAUAACAUUAAAAAAGUUAUGGGGGAUUGAAAUUUAUAUUUCUACUAAAUUUAUAAUUGUAAUAAAAAAAUUUAUACUUACAUAAGAAAAGUGUGCUUCUUUGUUUUAAGUAAAUACUAUAUGAUAUUUUAAUGGAUUGGUAUAGAAAAUUACUACAAAAAAGAAAUACUAUUCCUGUAGAUGAUGAAUUGGAAACUGUUGCUGAAAGAAAAGAACGAUGGAGAAGUAUUUAUGCAAUUUAUUUUACCAUGUUUCUCAUGUCUCUUGGAUUUAGUAUUAUACUUACAGGAGUAUGGCCAUAUCUUGAUAAGUUAGACAAAAAUGCUGGUAAAGAAUUCAUGGGAUAUGUAGUUGCAGCGAACCCUUUGGGACAAAUGUUAUUUUCUCCUUUAGUAGGCUGGUGGGGAGAUAGGAGAGGUUCUAUAAGACUUCCACUUUUGUCAACAUUACUUUUAUUUACAUUUGCAUCAGGAUUAUAUAGUGUCCUUGAGAUUAUACCAGGUGAUCGAAAAAUGUAUAUGAUAGUUGCUAGAUUCUUGGUUGGAGUUAGUUCUGCUAACAUUGCGGUAGCUAGGUCUUAUCUCUCAGCAGCUACAAAAUUUGUAGAAAGAACACAUGCUGUUUCUAUGGUAUCUCUAGCUCAGGUACUAGGAUUUGUGGUAGGACCUGGUUUGCAAGCUGCUGUUACACCUUUUGGAGAAACGGGGCUACAUUUCAUAAACAUACCUGUUAAUAUGUACACUAUGACAGGUUGGAUAAAUGUUAUAAUGGGAAUUCUUAAUUUUGUUUUAUUCCUUCCAUGGAAUUUUAAGGAACAUCGAAUUGCUAUUCGUGAAGCAAUGAGAAAUGAAGGGAAACAAACUGAGGAGGAAACACUGAAGGCUAUAAAACCAGACAAUCUCGCUGCUUUAACAUUAAUAUGUGCCUUUUUUGUUUUAGUAUUUAAUUUUGUUCUUCUUGAAACACUUGGUACUUCUUUAACUAUGGAUCAAUUUGCGUGGUCAAAAACGGAAUCUUUGUAUUAUAUGGGUUUAUUGAUGAGCAUUGGAGCAAUUAUGUCAUGCAUUACAUUCGUUAUGAUUGAACCCUUAAGCAAAAGAUUUAACGAACGUAAGGUAAUGUUAUGGGGUGGAUUUUUAUUUAUGGUAAUAGGGAGGAUUUUAUAUAUUCCGUGGGGACCAGAUCCACCGAAAAUUGCUGAUUAUGGACCAUUUAACAACAUUACAAAAGAUGCGAAUGGCACAGACAUUGUAGGAUGCCCACGUAAUCAAGAAUGGUGUACUUAUACACCGCAACUUACUGUUACACAGUUUUUCAUUGGAUAUGGAUUUACCACUAUAGGAUAUCCGUUAGGUGUUACUUUAAUACAAACUAUCUUUAGUAAAGUAUUAGGACCUCGUCCACAAGGAGUUUGGAUGGGUUUUAUGACAGGUGCUGGAUGUGCUUCUCGUGUGUUAGGUCCAAUAUUUGUUAGUGUAGUUUAUAAUCGUUUUGGAACAUAUCAUACGUUUGGUGUUACUGGUUUAACAUUAAUAGUAUGUAUGAUAUGGUUACAAAUCGUAAACAAACGACUAGUUCCGCCAAAAGCAAUUUUACCAAAAGAUGCGGAAAUCCCAUUAGUUCAUCUUAAAUCUAAUGAUGCUCAAGGAUCAAAUGAUACACAGGAAAAUAAUAAAUAUGAGAGAUAUGACAAAGUGUAACAAAUAUUAUACUCAAAAUUCGAUUUUAUAUUUUACGAAAGUAUAUUGAUUACAUGCAACUGCCAUUAAAAGUUGGGUAUAAAUACAAUUCUAAUAUUACGAAA